GCGCCCCCUAGAGGCGCGGCCGCCCCGUGGGCGCCGCAGCGCCGCAAGCGCACGUCGUUCAGCCCCGAGCAGCUGCAGCUGCUGGAGCUCGUCUUCCGCCGCACCAGGUACCCAGACAUCCAGCUGCGCGAGCGCCUGGCCGCGCUCACCCUGCUCCCCGAGUCCAGGAUCCAGGUGUGGUUCCAGAACAGGCGUGCCAAGUCGCGGCGGCAGAGCGGGAAAUCUUUCCAGCCCCCGGCGGGCUCAGCGCUGCUCCUCCAGCCCUCUGCCCUCGGGACUGGGCCCCAGCGGCCCCUUGAGGUGGAUAUGAGCUGCCUGCCUGAGCCUGAUCCCUCCGGGACCAGAGGGGCCAUCUCUGACCCCAGCUCUCAAGGUCAGGAUUUUGAAAACUAUUCUCUUCUCUCAGAAGACAUUGGUUCAAAGCUGGACUCAUGGGAGGAACACAUUUUUUCUGCUUUUGAGCUUCCUCCCUUCACCUGUGAGCGUUUAUCCACCCGGCACACAGGCCGGCCCCGAGCGCUGGCGCCCACGUCCGAUGGCUUCGUGCAGGCGGAGACGACCGCGUAA